CACCACUGCACAAUUCUUGGUUCUGAUGAAUUGAAGUUAAUUACCAAUUUUGAAACUAACUUUGCUGCUUGACUAAGAGAAGUCGGAUCAAGAUCUGCUCGUGAUUUACAUACGGAAGAAAAUUAAGAAGGUGACACCAAUAUGCAGGCCCGGGUUGACCAAGCGGCGACAAAAUUGGAGAAUCUUGACCUUGUCACUGAAGUGACGAUGGAGGCUCUGCUAAAUCCUCUGAUCCUAGACAAAGUCUUCCGCUCCAUGGACGUCCCCACUUUAAAGCGUGUUCGCCUCGUCUGCACCGUUUGGGCCGACGUGGGCGCCACAUUUCUCGGCAAGAAGGCUCACCUCACCUUUUCGACAUGGCCAGAGGACACAGGGUUGACCUCAUUCCAUCACAAAUUGGCCAAUAACAUUCAAUUACGAUUCAACAUGACCUGUUUUUGCUACCACAUUUGUACAUGUUCCCCAAGUUUGACCAAGCUGCCCUCCAACUUUGCCAUAAUUUUGCCCAAGAUUUCCGAAAAGUUGGAAACACUCGAGUUCUUCGGUGUCCGGGCGUUUGAACCAGCACAGGAAAUUUGGAGCACUUAUUAUUUCCCGAACUUGACUCGCAUCUCGAUCCUUGCCGAUGGAGACGAUCUUGAUGAAAAGCAACCACCACGGCCCGAAAUGGCAGAAUUUCGACUCCUCCCAAGCCUGAAAGUGUUCUUCUUGGAAGUCUCACCCGUCUGUAGAAAGCCCUCGUCAAGGGCAGUGAUGUCAACCAUUUGCCAAAACCUGGUCAACUCAGCCCCCAACCUGGAAGAAUUCCACCUCAACACAAAUUUCUACUUGGACUUGACGGCAUGCAAAAACUUCAAAAAGUUGACGAUGAAACAUUUCGAUUGGGGUAGUGAUCAGUUUGAAAUCUCCGAAAUGACAGAAAUGUUAGAAAGUUGUCGAACUACUUUGGAAAGUUUGACCUUGGAUUAUAUUGGUUGGGACGAUGUCCCGUACGCGAUCAUAGAGCGGAAUUUGUACUUCCCGAAUCUCAAGCACCUCAGACUUGACGACUACGAUGCUGGCAUCAUUAAGAACUCGCUGAACGUGACCAAUCUACCAAAAUUGAAGCUUUUCUCCUUGUCGAGCCUGGAUAUUGACAACAUGUGCAUCAUUUUUGCAAUGCUUGACAGCCACCAUUUGCGUCACACUGGGACAACGUCGCUCGAUAUUGAUUGCACCCAUUAUCCAGAAUUUGGCCUGGAUGUUGAAGCUGGCCGAAAAGUGGUCAAUCUUUUCCCGGCCGUGAAGGAAUUGAAAUUGAAGCUGACGGUGGAAUUCAUCAUUCCUUACGAUCAGUAUUUUCUCGCUUUGAAGGAAACGAUGCAGUCCUUCGGCAAUUGGGAGUUGGCGUGUGGACAGGUCGAGUUUGAAAUUGGAUCUUAUUCAGUGUACGGAACGCAUGGCCCUUACGAUCAUGAGUUUGGGUCGCUGAUGGUGAUUGCCGUAUUGCAAGGGAUGGCAGGGUGGAGAGGCUUGACGAAGACGUCGAUUGAAUUUACUGGUAAUCUGUGGCAUGCAAGAUUUAGAUUGUUGGACGAGAUGCGAGAAGCCAUCCUGUCUUGCAGGACGAUUAAAAGCUUGACUUUUACCGGAUUUCAGAUGGACGAGGAGACUAAGGAUAAUUUUCAGACGUUUAUUGGAGAGCAUAAUUUGCAAAUUAGUGCCACUGACUAAAUAAUUUUUUAAGCGAUAUUUACCCGUUAGGCGGUAUGAUUAUUUGAAUUAUAAAUUUACAGAUAUAAACAUAUAUAAAAUGUAGAUAUAAACAUACAUGUAUUCGUUACUACUGUACUACUUCUUUGUUUUACAUUGCAAUGCUAAAUAUUUUUGCAUUGUUAAAAUGUUAAGUUUAAUUAUCCGUGUGUAAAAUAGCUUGCACAGUUUCAAAAUUGCUAGGUCAAAAUUGUUGCAAACAAGAACUCCAAAUUUUACUUCAAUUACAAAUUACUUACAUCCUGA